AUGAGUUCUUCUUCAGAGAUCUCGGUUGCUGGUUCGGACGUUUCCUUCGAAGGUAGAUUGACUCAGCAUGGUCGUCACGAGGAGACGCCUGCUGACCAAUUGACCAAGAUUCUGAGCGGAAGAUCGCACGAAGACGCCGAUGGUGACGAUGCGCACAGCGACAACAGGAGUAUUCUAUCCCGCUCGCGCCGUAGCUCUACCGCUGAGCUAUCCCCAGAGAUGGUUGGCCGUGUGCAAUCUCUAGCCGAUGUGCUGUCGAGACACACUUCCCGUAGCGGUGGUAACAUUGACUUGAGCCAGCUGUCUGAGAGCGAUAGAUUCGAUGCCGAAAGGAUUAUCGGCUCAUUUGUCAGAGACGCUGACGAACAAGGUAUCCACUUGAGAAAAGCUGGUGUAACGUUGGAGCAUGUCAGUGCCAGAGGUGCCGACUCUACCGCCAUGGAAGGUGCCACAUUUGGUAACGUCCUAUGUCUUCCUUACACCAUUUACAAAGCCAUCAGAGACAAAAGCGGUUCAAAGAUGCGUACCAUUCUGAACGAUGUCAGUGGUCUUGCUAGAGCCGGUGAGAUGGUUCUUGUGCUAGGUAGACCGGGUGCUGGUUGUUCCUCUAUGCUUAAAGUCACUGCUGGUGAAAUUGAUCAAUUCGCUGGUGGUGUUGAAGGUGAAAUCAUGUAUGAUGGUAUUCCACAGAAGGAGAUGAUGAAACGCUACAAGCCCGAUGUGAUCUACAACGGUGAACAGGAUGUGCAUUUCCCUCACUUGACUGUACAACAGACCUUGGAUUUCGCCAUUGCGUGUAAGACUCCAUCAAAGAGAGUCAACGAUGUCUCUCGUGAAGAAUACAUAGCCUCCACAAGAGAUCUACAUGCCACAAUUUUUGGUCUAAGACAUACAUAUCACACUAAAGUUGGUAAUGACUUCGUUAGAGGUGUUUCUGGUGGUGAACGUAAGCGUGUCUCCAUUGCUGAAGCUUUAGUAACUAAGGGGUCCAUCUACUGUUGGGAUAAUGCUACUAGAGGUCUUGAUGCCUCUACAGCACUAGAAUACGCUAAGGCUAUCCGUAUCACUACCAAUCUUUUAGGAUCCACAGCGUUUGUCACAAUUUAUCAAGCAUCCGAAAACAUAUAUGAAACAUUCGAUAAAGUUACAGUUCUUUACACUGGUAGACAGAUAUACUUUGGCCCAAUUGAUGAAGCUAAGGAUUACUUUUACAGAAUGGGUUAUGAAUGUCCACCUAGACAAGUUACAGCUGAGUUUUUAACUGCCUUAACAGAUGUCAAUGGUUACCACAAGAUUAGGCCUGGAUACGAGAACAAAGUCCCAAGAACUGCUGAGGAAUUUGAAAGAUACUGGCAAGAGUCCCCUGAGUACAGACAGCUUUUGAUAGAUAUUGACCAAUACAAAAAGGAAAUAGAUACUGAAAAGACCAAGGAAAUAUACGACCAAUCAAUGCAACAAGAAAAAUCUAAGCAUGCUAGAAAGAAGUCUUACUACACUGUUUCAUUCUGGGAACAAAUAAGACUCUGUACAAAACGUGGUUUCCAAAGAAUUUAUGGUGAUAAAGCUUACACUGUUAUUACUAUUUGCUCUGCAAUCAUUCAAUCUCUAGUCUCUGGUUCAUUAUAUUACAAUACCCCAUCAUCUACUUCUGGUGCAUUUUCCAGAGGUGGUGUCCUAUAUUUCUGUCUUUUGUACUACUCUUUGAUGGGUUUAGCCAAUCUGUCUUUUGAGCACAGACCUAUUCUACAGAAACACAAAAUCUACUCUUUAUACCAUCCAGCAGCUGAAGCAUUGGGAAGUACUAUCGCCAACUUUCCAUUCAGAAUGAUCGGUAUGACAUGUUUUCUAAUUAUUAUCUACUUCCUGUCUGGUCUGAACAGAACUGCAUCAUCUUUUUUCAGAGUAUACCUCUUCCUAACCAUGUGUUCUGAAUCAAUCAAUGCUUUAUUUGAACUAAUCGCCGCAGGUUGUGACAAUAUUUCUCAAGCUAACUCUAUUUCUGGUAUUGUAAUGAUGUCGAUUUCGCUUUACUCUACAUAUAUGAUUCAGUUACCUUCAAUGCGCCCAUGGUUUAAGUGGAUUUCUUAUAUUUUACCUAUUAGAUACGCUUUUGAGUCCAUGUUAUUAGCUGAAUUCCACGGCAGACAUAUGGGUUGUGGUGGUACCCUGGUUCCAAGUGGACCUGGCUAUGAAAACAUUGCAUCCGAAAACCAAGUUUGUGCUUUUGUCGGAUCUAAACCAGGCCAAUCGUGGGUUUUGGGUGAUGAUUAUCUGAGACUACAAUUCGAAUAUGAGUACAAACACGAAUGGAGAAACUUUGGUAUCAUGUGGUGCUUCUUACUCGGUUAUAUUGCUCUAAAGGCUCUUAUUACUGAAAUUAAAAGACCAGUAAAAGGUGGUGGUGAUGCUUUGAUUUUCAAGAAGGGUACAAGAAAAUACCACAUGAAACUUGAUGAAGAAGACGGAGAACUCCAUGAAAUUGAUACCAAGGAGAAGUUUUCAAGCAGAAGUGGAAGUUCAACAACCUCUGAAGAUGAAAUAUUUGAGGAAUUGGAGUCCAAGGGUAUUUUCAUUUGGAGAAAUGUUUGUUACACUAUUCCUUACGAUGGUGGUAUGCGUCAAUUAUUAGAUAACGUUUCUGGUUUCUGUAAACCGGGUACAUUAACUGCAUUGAUGGGUGAAUCUGGUGCUGGUAAGACAACUCUUUUGAAUACACUAGCUCAAAGAAAUGUUGGUAUCAUUACUGGUGAUAUGUUAGUCAAUGGUAAACCAAUCGAUAUUUCUUUCGAAAGAAGGACUGGUUACGUUCAACAACAAGAUAUUCACAUAUCUGAAUUAACUGUUAGAGAAUCACUACAAUUUUCUGCUCGUAUGCGUCGUGCUCAAAAUGUUCCUGAAGAGGAAAAGAUGGAACACGUUGAAAGAAUCAUCAAAGUUUUGGACAUGGAAGAAUACGCUGAUGCUCUUGUUGGUGAUGUUGGUAGAGGUCUGAAUGUCGAGCAAAGAAAGAAAUUAUCUAUCGGUGUCGAACUGGUCGCUAAACCUGACCUGCUACUUUUCUUGGAUGAACCUACUUCAGGUUUGGAUUCACAAUCUUCAUGGGCUAUUGUACAACUAUUGAAGAAAUUGGCUAAGGCUGGCCAGUCUAUUUUGUGUACUAUCCAUCAACCUUCUGCCACUUUGUUUGAAGAAUUUGACAGAUUAUUACUUUUGAAGAAGGGAGGUCAAACAGUGUACUUUGGUGAUAUUGGUGAUAACUCCAAAACUCUUUUGAGCUACUUUGAGCGCAACGGUGCAAGAAAGUGUUCUCCUAGUGAAAAUCCCGCUGAAUACAUCUUAGAAGCCAUUGGUGCCGGUGCUACUGCAUCUGUGACCGAAGAUUGGCAUCAAAUCUGGAAGAAUUCGGAUGAAUUUAUUUCGACUGAAAAGGAGGUCGAUCAUUUAAUUGACCAAUUAUCAAAUCAAAAAACCGAGUCAGAGUUUGGCGAUGCACCAACCAAGUAUGCUACUUCCUAUGCUUACCAAUUCAAAUGGGUAUUGAUAAGAACAUCUAUGAGUCUUUGGAGAAAUUUAGAUUACAUUAUGUCUAAAAUGAUGUUGAUGACUGUCGGUGGUUUAUAUAUCGGUUUUACAUUUUAUGAUCCAGGUGACUCUUAUACUGGUUUGCAAAAUACCUUAUUUGCUGCCUUCAUUUCUAUCAUUUUAUCAGCUCCUGCAAUGAACCAAAUCCAAGCUCGUGCCAUUGCGGCUAGAGAGUUAUUUGAGGUAAGGGAAUCCAAAUCGAAUAUGUUCCACUGGUCUUUGUUGUUGAUAACUCAAUACUUAAGUGAAAUUCCAUAUCAUUUCCUAUUUUCUGCAAUCUUCUUCGUUUCUUCUUACUUCCCACUGAGAACUCAUUUCCAGGCUUCCGCAUCUGCCGUAUACUAUCUAAACUAUUCCAUCAUGUUCCAAUUGUACUACAUAGGAUUUGGUCUGUGCGUUUUAUACAUGGCUCCAAAUCUGCAAUCUGCGAAUGUUAUUUUAGGUUUAUGUUUGUCUUUCCUAAUUGCUUUCUGUGGUGUUGUUCAGCCCGUUUCUUUAAUGCCAGGCUUCUGGACUUUUAUGUGGAAAACUUCUCCUUAUACCUAUUUUGUGCAAAAUAUGGUUGGUAUUUUGCUACAUAACAAACCUGUCAUUUGUAGGAAGAAAGAACUCUCUAUAUUUGAUCCCCCAGCUGGACAAACUUGCCAGGAAUUCACUCAAGCAUUUUUGGAUAAACGUGGUGGUUAUAUUGCCAAUCCAAAUGCUACAACUGCCUGUGAAUAUUGUAUUUACGAAGUCGGUGAUGACUACUUAAAACACAUCAGUGCUAGCUACAGUUAUUUGUGGAGGAACUUUGGUCUGUAUUGGGCUUAUAUUGGCUUCAACAUUUGUGCCAUGGUUGCUAUUUAUUACAUUUUCCAUGUCAGAGGCGUUUCUUUUAAAUUUGACCGUGUUUUCAAAUUAUUUUCAAGAAUAACGAGGAGGGGGAAGAAGUCCAACUAA